GCUUAAUUUGGCACUCCUAACCAGGUUUGCUUAGAAAUGCCUUCUUCAGAAAAAGAACGAAGAUCCGUCUUCAAACUGCAGUGAAUGGGUAUAUUACUAGGAUGUCCUCCUAAGGGUUGAGAAGCCUAAAAAUGUUCUUCCAAUCAGAGAUUUUGCCUAGAUGGGAACUGUAUCUUUACUUGUUUCUUUCUUUUGGCUUUCAUUUUUAUUCUUUCUAUGAAGUCUUCCAAGCUUCUCAAGAAUAUGAAGAGGAACUUGACAGAGAAUUUGAACUGGAGAAAAAUACACUUUUUGGGGGGUUGAGGAAGGAUCCAGUUGAUUUUGAAUGGAGUUUCUGGAUGGAAUGGGGCAAAGGAUAUAUACUGUGGCUUCUUUUUGGUCACUUGGUGGUAUCACUGGUAUCCAGCAUUUACAUGAAAAAGUACAAACCUUGGUUUCUGAUGGUCUAUGGAAUUGCUGCCUGUUGGUUUCUACUGGGGUCCAAAGGAUUGACUAUGAUUUUUCUACAUGUGAGUGUCUCGUAUUUAGUAGCCCAAUUGAAAAAUCCAGUCCUUACAUGGUUGACUUCCUUGCUUCUGUUGUCAACUCUGCAUCUAUCUGCCAUAGAAGAAGUGAAGAGAGGCUGGUAUGCCAGUGAAAAUGAGUACUAUCUGCUAGUUUUCACCCUGAUUGUCCGCUGUCUCUAUUAUACAAGCUUCAGUCUAGAAUACUGUUGGGAUAGGACUACUGGAAUGAUACAGCAUUCAUUCCUUUGGAUGUUGUCAUAUACGUUCUAUUAUCCUGUGUUUCACAAUGGACCUGUUAUCACCUUUGAUGAAUUUUAUAAACAGAUGAACAAACAGCAAUCCUGCAAUUGGAAGUCCAGUCUGUCUCUCUUCAUCUGGGGAGCCAUUCGUAUUUUGAUUUGGUGGUGGUUGGCAGAAUUGAUGAUUCAUUUUAUGUAUAUGCACGCUAUCUACAGUAGCCUUUCACACCUGGAAGCAGUAACUUACUGGACAUUAG